GAGAUGGGCUUCAAGGGCUCCUCCCCAGGGGCCGUCACCGAAUGGGGGAGCCCCGAUGGGUCCCUGCUGGAGUCCUGCCGGCCAGCCUCUUCCUGUAAGAAGUGCAUCCUCUCGCACCCAAGCUGCGCCUGGUAACUUCACGGCGUCGGGCGAGGCGGAGGAGCGGCGCUGCGCCACGCGUCGGGAGCUGCUGCAGCGCGGCUGCCCGGCCGGGGAGCUGGAGGCGCCGCGCAGCCGCCUGGAGCUGCUGCAGGACCGGCCGCUGAGCCCGGGCCGGCGCGGAGAGGGAGCCACGCAGCUGGCGCCGCAGCGCGUCCGCCUGGCGCUGCGACCGCGGGAGCCCCAGGAGCUGCGGGUGCGCUUCCUCCGGGCCGAGGGCUACCCGGUGGACCUGUACUACCUGAUGGACCUGAGCUACUCCAUGAAGGACGACCUGGAGCGCGUGCGCCAGCUGGGCCACGACCUGCUGGCCGGGCUGCAGAACCUCACCCGCUCCGUGCGCAUCGGCUUUGGCUCCUUUGUGGACAAGACGGUGCUUCCCUUCGUGAGCACGGUGCCCUCCCAGCUCCGCCACCCGUGCCCCAUGCGCCAGGAGCGCUGCCAGCCACCCUUCAGCUUCCGCCACGUGCUGUCCCUGACGGGGGAUGCCAAGGCCUUCGAGCAGGAGGUGGGGCGCCAGAGCGUGUCUGGGAACCUGGACUCGCCCGAGGGUGGCUUCGACGCCAUUCUGCAGGCCGCGCUCUGCCAGAAGCAGAUCGGCUGGAGAAAUGUGUCCCGGCUGCUGGUUUUCACCUCGGAUGACACGUUCCACACAGCGGGGGACGGGAAGCUGGGGGGCAUCUUCAUGCCCAGCGACAGCCACUGCCACUUGGACAGCAACGGCCUCUACAGCCGCAGCCCAGAGUUUGACUACCCCUCCGUGGGGCAGGUCGCCCAGGCCCUCUCGGCAGCCAACAUCCAGCCCAUCUUUGCUGUCACCAGUGGCACGCUGCCCGUCUACCAGGAGCUGAGUAAGCUGAUCCCGAAGUCCGCGGUGGGGGAGCUGAGCGAGGACUCCAGCAACGUGGUGCAGCUCAUCCUCAGCGCGUACAAGAACCUGUCAUCCACCGUGACGCUGGAGCACUCCCCGCUGCCUGAGGGGAUCAGCAUCUCUUACAAAUCGCAGUGCGGGGACCCAGAGCAGACGGCAGGAGAGGCUGGGGUCCGGGGCCAGUGCACUGACGUGGGCAUCAACCAGAAGGUGACUUUCCGGGUCACGCUCCAGGCUGCCCACUGCCUCCCUAAGCCCCAGGUGGUGAGGUUCCGAGCCCUGGGGUUCUCGGAGGAGCUGGUCGUGGAGCUGAGCACGGUGUGUGACUGCAACUGCAGUGAGAGCGAGCAGCUCCGGGCCCCCCACUGCAGCGGAGGCCACGGGACCCUGCAGUGUGGGGUGUGCAGCUGUGCUCCCGGACGCCUGGGUCGGCUCUGUGAGUGCUCGGAAGCAGAGCUGUCGUCCUCGGACCUGGAGUCCGGGUGCCGGGGCGCCAACGGGACGGGCCCGCUGUGCAGCGGGAAGGGCAGGUGCCAGUGUGGGCGCUGCAGCUGCCUCGGGCAGAGCUCCGGGCGCCUGUGCGAGUGUGACGACGCCAGCUGUGAGCGCCACGAGGGCGUCCUCUGUGGAGGUUUCGGCCGCUGCCAGUGUGGCGUGUGUCACUGCCAUGCCAACCGCACGGGCCGGGCGUGUGAGUGCAGUGGGGACACGGACCACUGUGUGAGCCCCGCGGGCGGGCUCUGCAGUGGGCACGGCCACUGCGAGUGUAACCGCUGCCAGUGCCUGGACGGCUACUACGGGGCCCUGUGCGACCAGUGUCCGGGCUGCAAGACGUCGUGCGAGAGCCACAGGGACUGCGCCGAGUGCGGGGCUCUGGGCACGGGCCCCCUGGCCGCCAACUGCAGCGUGGCUUGUGCCCACGUCAACGUGACUCUGGCCGUGGACCCGGUUGUGGACGACAACUGGUGCCAAGUGGGGACCGUGGACAACCAGGCCUUCUUUUUCCUGGUGGAGGAGCAUGCCGGAGGCAGGACGGUACUUCGAGUGAGGCCACCCGAAAAGGCUGCAGACCACACCCGGGCCAUCAUGCUGGGCUGUGUCGGGGGCAUCGUGGCCGUGGGGCUGGGGCUGGUUCUGGCCUACCGGCUGUCGGUGGAGAUCUACGACCGCCAGGAAUACAGGCGCUUCGAGAAGGAGCAGCAGCGGCUCAACUGGAAGAAGGACAACAACAACCCUCUCUACAACAGCGCCAUCACCACCACCAUCAACCCCAGCUUCAAAGGGGCAGACAGUCCCGGCUGCUGA